AUGGAAAAUUCUAAGAUUGUGCAGCAACUGUUAUUGCUGGAAGAAGAAGAGCAAGAUGCCGAGGAUGAAUUGCUACUGGCAUUGUGUUCAGAAAAUGAAAGUACUGAACUGUUUUUAAAGAGAGAAGAAGAAGGUGCUUAUCACAUAUCAUUUUUGAACCAUAUUGUGAAAAACGAUACGAAGUUUAAAGAAUAUUUGCGAGUGACUCCAGAAAUUGUAUACACCGUACUGGAUGAUAUCAAAAGCGACAUCACAACAGUACCUACCAACAAAUAUCCUAAACCUAUUUCACCCAAAGAAAAGCUAUGCGUCACAUUGAGAUAUUUAGCAACAGGAGAAUCCUUCCGAUCGUUAGCAUUUUCGUUUCGAAUAACUCACAGUUGGUUACGUCGAAUAAUAAGAGAUGUGACGUCUGCAAUGAAGAGAAACAUGACAAAAAUAUAUAUGUCAACACCCAGCCAGGAAACGUUAAAAGAAAAUGCAAAGCAAUUUUAUGAGCGGUGGAAUUUUCUAAAUUGCUGCAUGGCAAUUGAUGGAAAACAUAUUACAAUUAUUUGCCCGACUGACACUGGAUCACUGCAUUUUAAUUAUAAGGAAUACUACUCCACAGUUCUCCUUGCUCUUGUAGAUGCAAAUUGUAAAUUUGUGGCCAUUGAUGUGGGUGCGUAUGGUAGCGAAGGUGACGCGGGAAUAUUUGCCAAAUCAAAUAUUGGUAAAAAGAUAAUGGCAGGAGAUUUUAAUCUUCCACCUCCUGCCGUUUUGCCUGGCACAAACAUCUUGCUGCCGCAUGUAAUUUUAGGUGACAGUGGCUUUACAUUAACCGAAAACAUGAUGCGACCAUACGCACAAUCUGCGUCAAAUAGCAAUGUUGCUAUGGUCACAUAUAAUUAUCGACAUUCAAGAGCAAAGAGAACGACCGAAAAUGCCUUCGAUAUACUCACCCAAAGAUUUAGAGUAUAUUUGACAUCGAUUGGAGUAAAAAACGUAAAUGCAAUUGAUGAUAUUAUCUUUGCCACAUGCAUAUUACAUAAUAUGUUAACGAACGAAAAUGUGCCUGUAGAAGAAAGCACAUCUGCAGUGCGAAUGGCAAAUAUUACAAAUUUAGCCCCUCAUCAAAACCGUAGGGGAAACCUCAGCGGGCAUAGAGUGCGAGACGCGUUUAAAGAUUAUUUUAAUAUGGAAAUAGGCCGCCUUGAAUGGCAGGAUAAUAUUGUAAUGCGAACUAUGUAG